UUAACAUCAACAGUUUUAUAUAUAGAAUAGGUAGAAUUACUUUGAGCGGUUUUCAGUCCGGUGCAUUGAUUGCAUAUGUGCAAAUCUUGUGUCAUCCCCUUUCUGAUUUUCUCAUACGGAAUAGCUAGCCAUAUGCUUGCAGAGCGGAGUAAAAUGUAAUAAUAUUCUUCAUUUAUUUAUCUUAUUGACAUUCUGAGCAGUAUGGUGGAGCUGAAAACAAAGAACGGUCAGCCCGAGGUCAACCUGGUGGUAUUGGACCGACUUGUGCAGGAUUACAUGGUCGAGGAAGAUCUUGUUGACGAGGAAGGAACGUCGAUGCGUGCAGAAGGGUCUGCUCCGGCUACCCCUCCAUCAGCCAACAAUGCUCUUCGGGCUCUUUGUGAAAGUGUUCGCCAGUGUACUGAGGCUGGAAUUCUGGAUGAUGCUGUGCGACUCGCUGAGUCAGUCAACCUGACGGUGUUCCAGGAUUCGAGGCUACUUUUCAGAGUUCUAAAGCAGGAGUUUGUGGAGCAUCUCCGCAGCAACACUGAGGAUGGACGCAAAACGGCGCUGGAGUGUGUACGCAAGAAGCUUGCGCCGUUGGCCCUGAACGCAUACCCAGAGGCCUAUGCAGAGUUCAAGCGGGCUCUGCUGCUGCUGGUGUACAGUCAGCAUGAAGACGUGUCCCCAGUGGCGUCCGAGUGGUCUGCGCGCACCCGCGCUGACCUGGCUGCCAUCCUCAGCCGCACUCUGCGCCAGGCUGCAGGCAUCCAAUUUCCAAAGCUGGCGCUAUUACUGCGGUACCUGGUGUUCACGCACCGGCUGCUGAAGACCCAGGCAGAUGGCAGCGCGAGGCCAUCAGGCACAGAUUGCAGCCCCGAGGUUGAGGAGCUCCUGGGCAAGCUGCUCAGCGACGAGAGGGACCCGCCCCCCUUCCCUCCAGAGUUCGACCCCUUGUCAGGACAGGGAUUCCCAGAGGCAGACAUCCAGAGCUUGAAGGAGGCGGUGCAGCUAUCGCGCCAGGAGGCGGUGGAGGCCCUGCGCCACACCAAGGGGGACGUGCAAAAGGCCUUUAUCAACGAGCUGGCCUCCAUGCACCUCAACGUCGCCCUUGUGGACGACCUGGUCCUUGCCUAUGCUGCCCACAGGGAUCUCUUGCGAGUGGGUUCCAGCACAGAAAGCAGCCCGACGCACUCAACAGGGGCACAGAAGGCGGGGGAAACCUGCUCGGCGACAGACAUGGACAUCGAUGGUCAGGCCAGGCGCGAGGCCAAGCAGGACGCCUCAGCCAGCGGCCUUGAGGCAGCGAUGGAGCAUGAAGCAGUCCGCGGACGCCUUGAAGGAGAGAGGCAGGACGUGACAGCGGCGUUCAACAGGCACCCGUCAAAAAGCCCGCCGAAGAAGGUUGCGCGAUGGCGCGGCCGCUCCGGGCGCCGGCGGCCGUCGCCACGCGCUCCGGAAAACAGCGCUGCCUCGCCGCCCCGCAGCAACGGCGCUUCCCCACAAUGCGGGAACGGUGUGGGAGGCCGGGAAAGUGGCUGGCACAAGGUGGCGCAGUUGGGGCAGGCGGGCAGCGCUAAGCCGUUUGAGGUGGAUUUCCGCCACGAGCUUGUCAAGCGCGUGCGCCGCAAGAUCGAGGCCGAGAGCUUUCAGGAGGCCAUGGAUGACAUGCGGGUGGUGGCCCCGGGGUGUUUAGAGGGCGAUGUGGAGCUGCUCUUUGAGCUGCAGCUGGCCUGCUUCUACAAGCUGGCAGCCGAGGGGCGCACUGCGGAGGCCAUCCGCUUGUCGCGCUCCCACCUCACGCCCCUCACCCAGGAUCAGCCCCACCUGGUUCCCCAGGUCAAGGCGGCGCUUGCGAGGGCGGUGGCGGACCCGGGCGAGGUGCGCGCAUGCCUGCGGCCGGUCUGGCUGAGUCAGCUGGCGGCCUCGCGCAUGCAGCAGGUGCUGGACAUUCGGGAGCCCCAGCUCGUGCAGCUGCUGCGGGUGCUGGUAGCGAGCCACAAGGCGUGGCUCAAGCUGCAGCGCUGCAAGGACCGCUUCGAGCCGCUGCUGUCCCUCGAUGCCCUGAAGUCCUGCUCCGAGAAGCCGUCCAGUGCAGCAGCCGCCACUGCCAGCACAGGCGCAGCAGUGCGCGACAACAGCACAGCUGCUGGCUCAGGGGGUGACGGCAACGGUGAGCAUGGACGGCAGGGCGAGCAGGCGCCAGCACAGAGACACACAGCAGCUGCCACUGACAGCGAUGACGAGGGCCCGGAUGGGGCUUACAGCGAGGACGACAUUGUCCUGAUCAUGGAGUUUGCCAGUCUGGGGAGGGCAGCAGCCAUAGAGCUGCUGCAGGAUUUCGGUGGAGACACCGAGUCGGUCCUGGCAAACAUGUAUUUAGCGCUCGUGCCUCUGGCAUUUGUCGUCCUAGCUUCAUGCGCAUCCGCUGCGGACAACAUCGACUUGCCAGUGGCCACCGGAGGCUUCGAGCAAUGGGCAGGUGUUGUUGGCAAGGCCAUGUCCUUCGGUGGCAAGAACCAGGGAGAGUCCCUCCAGGCCCUUAAGAGCUUCCAGGGCAAGGUCAUGGCAAACAUGCAGAAGCAGUCGAACAGCUUCAAGAAGCUGACCACCGGCGACUUCUCCGACGUGCUCUCCAACCUGCUGAAGAACAAGGUGCAGAUCUCAGCCCCAGUCUUCUUCAACAACGCCCCCGCCGUCAUCGCCAAGACCUUUGCCGCCGUCCAGUUUGGAUUCACCGGCAUCGGCUACGCGCCGUGCGCCGUGCCCAUCGUCCCCACCGGCGUUGGUGUCUUCCCCCAGGGAAUCAACAUCCAGCCCGAGUUCUUCAACAUUGCCCCCACCGGUGUCAACGUGCAGCCCCAGGGUCUGUCCAUCUCCCCUAACUUGAUCGUCAUCGGUCCCUAUGACACCACUGUUGCCGGCCAGGGGCUGAAUAUUGCACCCGCCCUCAUCGCCAUCGCACCAGUGAAGACCGUGGUGAACCCAGUCGGCCCUCUGGCCAUCGCUGACACACUCGUGUCAGUUGCCCUCCCCGCACUGCCAUAGAGAGUCUGCUCUCUCUUUGUGUCUGUUGCUUAUGUGGCGGUUUGAAGGAACGAAGCAUGUUGUGUGUACUUGACUUGACGGGCUGGAGCAAUGUUUUCCAGCAAGUUGUUGUGCGCCACAUGCCCUGCUAGGAUUGCAGGGUCCAGUGCUAUUUUGUGAAAGGACAUUCAUUUCAUGUCAUCUGGUGUCUGUUUCAUUUCCAUUCGAAUUCUGAUGAUGUGAAGUUUACUAGGGUGGUUUGGAUAGGUUGGUCUGUGACUGCUUCAUUGCUAGAAGCCGCUCCCUGCAGCCUGUAUCAAAGCAAGUACAACCGCUGCUGGUGCCAGCUUGGGUGUGACAUUUUUCUAGGAAGGCUCAUUGGACUGUUGGUUGAAUGCCCAUCUUGAGGAAUUUCCCGAAGACUGCAGGGAUUCCCGUGGCUAAUAUUUUCACAUGGCUUGCUCUGCAGCCAAGCAAUGCUGAUACACCAGCAGAGGCGGUGAUCAGCAUGCUUGUGGCAGUGAUUGAAACAUCAGAGAACACCACCUUGGAUUGAACUUUUGGGGCAAUGUAAUUUUAUAUACUUUGGCAAU